AUGGUGGACGGAUUCUUGAAUCCCUGGGAGGUUGCUUCUCUUUGCUACACCUUCAAGGUUGGCAGGUCAGAGUUUGGAAAACAGAGUAAUGAAGUUCAAGGCCUACUCAACCGACAGCUUCUUUUUAUCUACAAGGAUAACAAGUGUCAUGCCAUUGGUGCUCAUGGGAACAUCACGAAUGUUACAAAGAUCUGUGAAAAAGAGGUUGACACUCUGAAAGAUGGAGUGGAUAUUUUCAAAGGUCUGCUGUUUCUCAUAUUGGAGAAUAACAUAAUCAGAACGCCCCUCACUCUGCAGGCUGAGAUGUGUUGCCAGUAUGAAGGAGACAAACGUUUCAGGGGAUUCUAUGUUGUUAGCCUCAAUGGAAAGACCAUGAUCCAUGUCGACACAAACACUGGCAACUGGACUCAGUUGGAUCCUAGAUUCGAGAAGAUUAUAGAAAUGUGGAAGAAAGACGGGGUUAGAGCUGCCUUCUUAGAGAAGACUACACAGGGCGACUGCAAGACCUGGCUUGAUGAGCUCAAGUUGCACUGGAAAGACCAUCCAGAGCCUGCAGGAUCUGCCAGUACCGUUGUGAUUAUUCUAUGCGUAUCAGCACUAAUUGCUCUUAUUGGAUUGAUCAUCUUAGGAGUCUAUUGUUAUCUAUCAAGACACCCACGUGCAAAAAAGAAUGAUCUGCAGUCAUCACCAACACUUCUGUUGGAUGACUCUUUGACAGUGUCUGAGAUGAGUUCAGUAAAGGAAGAAGAUGAAUUUCUGACAGCAUCUCAGAAUUCUGUGCUGUUGACUUCGGACCAGACUGGUGGGAACCCAUGAGACUGAUGGCCGACAGAGCCUCACGCACCAGGGCAUCAAACUGCACUAGGCUGCUGCCAUCAGGGGCUUCCUCUUGCUCUGUUCCUUUCCUUUCUCAUUCUUUCAUGAUAGCGCUGUGGAGAUCAAGCAGGGCAUGGCUCUAAGUUACUUCUCACUAUGCAAAAACAAUGAUUUGCCCUGAGUGACUCCAUUUUAUAAGCAGUACUUGGCUCCUUUCUAAGUGCAAUGCAGGCAUUGGAGGAUAUGACACCUCACUUUAAACAUAGACACAUGUCAGGCAAGUACCAUCCAUGAUGCAGGUGUUGUUAAUCAACUUAAUCUCCAGGGUAAAAAUAUGCCUCCCAUGCACGUAUCAAAACAUGUUUGAAGUCAUGAACACAUACAUGUGCAUCUCAACUUAUAUCAGAGAACUACGUCUGAGACUUUAUCUCACCCUCGCCUGGCCCCUAAAGAGGCCACCUAACCCUGCAAUGAUUAGGUUGUUACAAACUUGCCAUCUGUCCUUUGUGUGUCAAGGAACCUGCAGGCAGAGGACUCCUGGCCAUCUUAAGGCUUCAGCUCCAUCCACACUGCUAAUGCCUCCUGCUUGGAUCACUGUCUGACAGUUCAUCUGCUGCUCCAUGCUAAUGUGGGUCUGCAUCUCACCUGCUGGGUUCUGGGAUCCUGCACCUCACCUCUGCAGUUCACUCAGUCCUGAGGCCUGGUGCAACCCUGCAGUCCUGCAGCCCUGCAGCUCUCCACUGGCUGCCUUCCCAGCUCCUCUAACCAUAUGCAUUGAGUCUGUCUGUGUGUCUAGGGUCCCUCUGUCUGUGCCUCCGGUCUGGUAGCUGUGAACUCUACUGACAACUCAUUUAGUGUUUUGCAGCCAUUCUGUGAGCUAAGUACAUAUGAUAACUGUGUGGUGUACAAUGUGUGAUCUGAGAGUUUAUAUUAGUAAUGAAGACUGGAGAAAGAGAGCCCAGGUUGGCCAGGAACAGUUGUCAAAGUUAAACAGGACUAUUUGGUAACUAUAACCAGUUACUUGGAUGGAGCUGGUAAAUUAAGACACAUAUGUGAGCACCUUUUUUCCUGGCAUAGCUCACUGAUUCAAGAUUUCACUCACAAUAUUGUAACCUUCUAGUGAGUAAAUAGUCCAUUGGCAAAGAACUUGGAAAUACUCAAUUUUUUUUUCAAAUAAAUGAAAUAUCUGGUGGCAGGAAGAAAAUUCAGCAUCGCUACCAAACCCUGGCCAACAGAGUCGAAGCUCGCUCCACUGACCCAAUGCCUGGCUCACACCGCAGUGUAACCUCACACUGUGCAGGGUGAUAUCUGAGCAAGGUGUUAGGAACAGGGGAGCCUUCCGUUGGCACCUGACAGGGAGUGGGUUAUCAAAAAUAAACAAUAAAGCAGAAAAGAAGUUAGGAGACCUCAGAUCACACAUCUAUGAUUAUUCAUGUAUAAGACGCAUAUAAAACUAUGCUAUCCUAUGGAUUUGUACCUUACAAAAGAAAACUAAGAGAAAUGUUAAACUGAGUAAGGAAGAUGAGUUAUGUACUAAGGAAAAGACGAUUUCUCAAAUGGUGCUUCCCGUAGGGAUCCACCGUAACUACCGAGUCUGUGUUAGGAACAGGUGACAGUAACACUCCUUGACUAGUUUGUGCUGUCAUGCCAGGAACUACCAGGCACAUGCUUAUACCUAAGCAUAGAAAUGUCACAUUCAGUGACCCAUAAUGAUAUAAAUCUUUUAGUGAGGAACAAGGAACAAAGAGACAGCUCAGUCCCAUACUGUUUGCCCUUCACAAGCAUGAGGACCUGAGUUCCCGCAUCAGAGCCCACACACACUGUGGUGGCACAUGCUUGUCAUCCCAGUGCAGGGGACAGCAAGGGAGAAGUGCGUCUCUGGGGCUUCCUCCUCAGUCAGAAUAGAUGAAUUGGUGAGUUCCAGUACAGACUGCUUCGAAAAACAGUGUGCAUGGCAUUCUGAGGAGUGGCAUAAAAAGGCAAUGUGUAGUCUCCAUACGUAUGAGUAUGUGAACAAGGUUAUGCACAUGUGUAUAUAUACACAUGCGAAAAAGAUAAACACCAUGGACCCAAACACAGCUAAUGAGUUCCCAAGAGACAAUAUUCCUUACGGCGAUAUGGGAGCUUUUAAUAUGAGUUACGAGAUAUUAUUUAGCCUUCUCUCUGGCCAUUUUUAUGUUCAUCUUUGGAUAAGAGAGGAACAACUCGUGUCUUCUUAGAAAAUGUUUCGUAGAACCAUUUUUCAAUCACUGGCGUUGAGGUGCGAGGAGAUAUAUUGAGAAACUAAGUCAGACUCCAAGCAUUAGACUCCAGUUAUUUUAAGAGAAUAUUUUCAUCGACAUUUGGUCUGUUGGUAUUGUGUUGUAAUGUUAAUUCUGUACUGGAAGGUUUAAGAAUGUGAGUGACUUCUCACAUUUAUACUCUUUUGUUGUGCAAACUUUGUACCUCUGACAUCACUCCGAGUUCAAAUGGUCCUCGGUGCUCUCAGAUACUUGUUGGUGUCGAUGGUAGUGAUGGAUAGCCCUGCCACAAUGCUAUCUCCAUCUUAGUGGCUUCUAAUCUAGAAGAUAGAAAUCUUUCUGAAAGAUAAUUUGAGACAAACCAAAGACACCGCAGAUUUAAAAUGAGAAAUAGGUUGUGAGCAGGAAUAAAGAAUAUUCAAGCACAGUGGUUAAAGUGGGAAACUUUAACCCCUGAGGAGGUUUGACGACGGGAAGGAAGUGUGACAAUAGUGACUGAGGACUAAGAGAAAUGACAGAAAUGCAGAAGUAAGGGGUUCACAAUGUGAGGUAACGACCUCAGAUUUUGGUUUGCCAUUAGAGUCUCAGGGUGUGUGAUAUAUAAUGCACCAGACUUUUACUGAAAGAAUGAACAUAAGUCCCUCCAUGUCUCCCAGGACUAGCUCUUCAAUCCUUUUUAGGUUGAGUGCUAUUAACUUUCCUCAGAUGAACCCACAGUGGCCAGCCUUGUAAUGACUAUAGUUGGAGGGAUGAACAGGACCUGACAGGAGCUGAGACAUCUCCCAUGGUCUGGCGUCCUGAUGAAGAAAUUAAAGAUAAACUUAAUGUGCUGGUUUAAUAACUGGGGGUUAUCCUGAAAAGGUGGAGAUAAAGUUUCAUCUGUAUUUAUGGCAGUAUUGAGGGAAAGCCUUGAGCGUCUCCUUCAUUCAUAUACUGAGACAUAAGACUCUGUGAAUCUCAUAAGAGGUCGGUGUGGAGGAAAAGACUCCUCUACAGGCUUCAAACAGGUUGAUAGAUGUGGAGUUGAGACUAAUAAGAUCAUAAAUGAGGAUUAAUUGCUUCAAAGGGUUGAUGACAUAGAGUAAGGAAUAAUCAGGAACAUAAAGUUGCUUUAUUAGAAUGUAGAGGACUUUAACAACUUAAUUUCCCAAGCUGAACUGGGUCCUGAUGAGAAUCCUGGUUGCGACUGAUAGAUUUUUAAUUUCCUAUUAUUUGUAGCUAUAUUUUUGGGUGGGUAUUUAAGACUAUGUGGCGGGCCACCAGCUUCCUUGUGUUGUUGGCAGUUGUAUCUCCUUAGUGUCACUUUCAGGGGAGUUGGAAAGUUUUAUGGGCCCCUUGUCUUUGGUUUUCCUCCACUCAUCAUCUUCUGGACAAGGGAAUUUCUUUGUGAAAUGACCCAAAGCUCAAACUCUGGGGUCUCCAGAUCCUCUCUGAAGCUGUCAUAUCCUUUUAGAGCUAUCCCACUGUCCUCUACCCUGGGACAUGGCCAACCUGGAGGUGAAGGUGAAAAUCCUGGCUGUUAUCCCAGCCCUUGAUUCUCAUUGCUUUAGGCCUCCAGUAGUACCUAUCAAAAACUCAGAGAGUAAGUUACACCGGACUUGAAGAACAAAGGGUAGUUGUAAUCUUUUACAUACCUUCAUGAGUGACCAGCUCAUAGGCCAUGAUACAUUUGUAGGUGGCCAAAUCAAAUUCAGUGACUUCCUUAAAAUAUUAUAAGGCAGUUUUGCAAAUACUUUUAGGUAAUUGAAUUGUAUGGUUCUCAAGCACGAGUUAAGAGACCACUUUGUGUCACAAGAUCAAAAGAUUAGAGACUUAUGAUGAGGAAAUGUAAAAAAAAACAGAUUUCAAAUCAAUCUUGACUAAUAUAAGACUGCAUUGUUAAUAAGUUAAAGUUGUGACAAACUCAGAAGAAAUUACUGAUCAUACAUGUAAUUAAAAUAGCUAUAUAUAUUUUUAACCUAUACCAUUUUAACUUAAGUGGCAAAAGGCCUGAGGCAUGCAAAUCCCUUUCAGUUUCACUCUUUUACCAAUCAUUUAGGGUGAAAUUAAUUCAUGGUUCAAAUCUUUCUUACCAAGAAGUAUAUUCUCCUCAUCGGAAGUUCAUUGCUUUGCCUACAUACAACCAUUAGCAUGCUUUUUUGACUGCUUCCUUCCUUUGUUAGAUUGCUGACAUAAUUUAGGCUUCUUUUUUCCUGGAAGGUUUAAAGUCCUGAACACAGGAAACCUUAUCAUGUUUUGUGUGUUACAAAAUGGGUUUAGAUGUACAAUAUUAUCAAUGUUGUUAUUGGUUUAUGGCUUUUUGAAACCUAGCUUCAAUAGCUUAGUGACAUUGUUUGUAUAAUGCCGAUAUUUGCUUUUUCUUCACAAAUUUAAAACAAUCUAAUGUGUUACAUUUGCUUUUAUCUCAUGAAUUAAAACAAAUU